CGUGUCGUGUUUUUUUUUCGAAAUUUUUGGAAGUUUUUUGGGAGUUGCUGGAUAUUUUUGUCCUUAGUCUGAAGCGAAAUGAUCCGAGAAUGUUGUGCGUGCAGGAUAAAAACGAAAGACUCGGUCUCGAUCAACGCCAAACGGCAAUCUUGUACACUGGCGGAUAUGCUGAAAAAACUGGCACCGAUACAGUUUUCAGCGAUCGAUGCCGACGGAGCGGAGGUUAUCUGUGCGGAUUGCGUGGAACACACGGUUGAUGCAUACCGAUUUUUGGAACUGGUGGCUAGGGCCAACGAAAAGAGAGAUCUUGAGGACGAUGGCGAGAUCUUCUCAUUGCCCGUUGACAUACCGUUUCCGUCCGGAACUGUUGAGUUGACCAUUGAACACCCGGAAAGCCUGGGUGAUUUGCAGUAUUUCAUUCAACAGGAAAUCGAGGAGCUGAUAGAAGGGGACAGUUAUAUCGAAUCUCCAAUGAGUGAUUCUUCAACGCCAACUGAUGAUGAUGAUGAUAAUGAUGACGAAUCGCAAGAUGAAUCAGAACCUGUUGACCCAAACGACGACGGUGACGUUGUUGAAGGUGGUCUCAAGCAUGUCAAUUACUACCCAAUAUUAGCUAAUGGAAUUGCCUAUUAUCGCUGCUGUGGCCGUAGAUGCUGGCAAACGUUUAAUUCUCGAGAAGAGUUGGAAUACCAUGGAGCACAGAAUCACGCAGCCAGCAAUAGUAACAGGGCACACUAUGACGAUUCUUAUGGUUAUGAAUGCUCCAUUUGCUAUCGUCGAUUCCAGCGGCGAUCAAAUCUAAUCAACCAUCUGCGACGUGUGAUUCGGGAUUACGAGUGUGCGCUAUGUAAAGUUAUCUUCGACCGACCGAAAGACAGGGAACAACACAUGAUCACACAGCAUCAGAGCUAUCUGCAUGCAAAACGACGAAAACGUUACGAAUUGGAUCAACAACCUCACAAAAUAUGCUGCGGUUGUGGUGAUCGCUUCGACACCGUACCAGAGCUACUGGAACACGGCACUGCAGCCCAUGCUAUGCACCCGCAUCGCCAGGAUAGCGAUGGCUACGAUCUGCAAUGUGAGGUUUGCUACCGGUAUUUUAAACAUCGCACCGGUCUUCGUAACCAUCAGACGGCCGUGUAUAGAGAGAAAAAACUGUCUUGCAUUCAGUGUGGGGCUGCUUUUAGUUGUCAGUCGAAAUUGGAAUCCCACGAGCAGACACAUGCGGUUGAUAGGAGCUACGUAUGCGAGCAAUGUGGCAAAGCUUUUAAAACACCUGCGGCACUACGAGCCCAUGGACAGGUUCACCAGGAACGUACACUUCAGUGUGACAUUUGUAGCCAUCGGGUACACAAGAAAUCACAGCUGGUGCAGCAUCUUAAACGGCACGAACCAGUACUGCCCAUCGCGUGCGCCCUCUGUCCGAAACGAUUUCGGUAUCAGUCUAAUCUCGUCAGCCAUAUGAGGGUACACACGGGUGAGAAGUCAUACGCUUGUCGGUAUUGUGAUCGGCGGUUUGGCUAUGUCAGCGAUCGACUUAAGCACGAACGAUCACACACCGGAGAUUAUCCGUACAGCUGUGAGGUCUGUGGCAAGAAAUUCGUUCGACCAUCGUCCCUUCAAUUGCACGAGGCAAGCUGUCGUGUCUAGCCAUAACCGAAAGAAUCGGGGUCGUCAGUUAUUGUAGGUAGUACUUGUUGGUAACGGAUAUGAUAUGUUUCGUUCCUCAUAGCAAAUUUUAUAAAGAUGAGUCGAGACUGAAUAGUUUACCCAAGUCAAUGCCGCGUUUGUGAAUAACUUAUGUUCAAAUAAUGGAUGCUCCAAUAUCACAAUGGAUGAUAAUGAAUUUGUUAUCGUUCUACAAGCUAGUAGUUUUAAAAUAGUUAAACAGCAAGCUAAAUCCUAAAUUAAUAGCUUUUAAGUUAUCGCUAUCAUAUCAUACCGUUGAGCAUAUCAUAUUAAACUAGUCGACUGAUUGUUCGGCAAUAUUAAACUACGACUAAACUAGACAACCAGAACACGUUACCCUUGGACUCGACACGCCAAUUGUAGUUGUUCCCUCACUUUCUUCAUAAUAAUUCGCCCGGUUUCACUCAAAUUGAUGUAACAGAAUGAAACGCUCAUACGUUUGUAAUUUCUUCAAGCACAAGAGCAAGGACGAUAGUCGGUUGCGUGCGAAUCCGUGUCGUGGACAAGUCUCGAGACUGGCUGUGGUAUCGUUGACCCUGCUGGAACCGAGACCAUGACCCAUUUCUACAGCCAUUUCUUUGUGCACAGCAUGGCGCGGUACGCGGUUAUCGUCCAAAACACAGCUCGCCACCAUUGCCGGUCAUAUAAUCUAUCGGUCGUUACUAGGUCCGGUGCUACGCUAUAUUCUGCAUCACAAAUUAAAGUUCAAUGAAUGGCUGGAAUCGAUAGCAAAUGUAUUGAUUGAUUAAAAACUAAAGGAAACAGUUGUAUUGUAAGCUCUGUAAAGAGCUCCCUUCCAUACGAUAAAUGUCUAGACGAGUCCCUCACGUGUGGUCAUAAAUUCUAUGAGACUUAGAGAAAGUGUUCUAGCGGCCUAUUGAGGGGGGAAAGGGGAAAUCCUUGAUUCGAUAGUGCAAUCACUUUCACUCGAUCUAGGCCCGACCUAGAUGGAUGGUUGCCGUGACCUAUAUGCCUUCUGUUUGCACCGUGUUCCGGUCCCGUGGAGGAUAAGGGGAGCCAGAAGAACGAAACGCAUAAUCAUUCAAAUGGCGCCGUUAUCUCUCUUCACAGGGUAAUGCAUUAUUGUGCCAUUUUGCGCAAUAAAAUCAUUUUCCUGUCAAUCAUUGCAGGCGCCCCUCGUCAUCUAACAAUUCUUAGUCCUCCCUGCUCCCACUCUUGAUGGUUGAUUCUUUGUUUCAUUCCACCCCUACAAAGUCACAGUCAGAGCCCCCCUUCCCCAUACAAUUGUCGUAAUCCCACGUAAUGCUCACCUUAAUCUCACCGAAAUAGAAUUGGGGAUUUCCGUCCGAUGCAGUUCAAGCAGUUGGUGAAGUAGGGUCAUUGAACUCGCUGUGACAGCUGACAAUGGAGUACCGGUCUCGCCGUGAUGGGGCGAAAUAUUAUGCCAUUUUGCGGGAUAAAGUUGAUGAAGAUCACUCCUCGAGCGCAAGGUGCAACGCUGCAAUGUGUCAACAACUGCACCCAACAAUCUGUUGCCCGUUUCGUAAUGGAAUUUUCCAACUGCACUUUUAUUUUUUCGACCUAUAUUCGGUUAGAUUUCGGGUGUUCGUGGUGCAUAUGUGCCCAUCCAUCCGUCCAUCCAACCAUCCUGCCUGCCUUCUUGCCUGCUGCUGUCGCCCAUCUCGAUGACGCAGACGAUGAACCAUGGCCGCCGAAAAGGGAAGAAAAAGUCAACGAAAACGCAAACAACAGCUACAUGACUCUCACCUGCUGCCUGGCUGAUGCAGUGGCACAGCACCACCGGGGGUGUGGUAAAGUGAAUCCGUUUGGCGCUCGGCAUUGCAUUGGGUUCCAGACAGGCGCACGCUUAUCUCAUAGCAUCGCCCCAUUUUGUGAGCAGCGAGGGGUGACCUGCUGUUGCAGCCGAUGCAACUGCCCGACCAUGGGGUGGGCAAGCGGUUGGUGCAGUUUUUUUUUGCACUGGCCACCCUCCUGCCGGCCAAUUGAGGUCACCGAAUCCACGAGCGUCUGGUGAUUUCGCUCGCUUGUUUCCUUUGUCGCGUGGAGCCGUAUGUUUGUCCAUUCGUCUUCCCUCCGCUCCGGCUCUUGAUCGGAGGCCUCCACCUUUAUCAACAUCGUGCAUGGUGGUGGGUGUUGACCAUGUUAUCAUCCUGGGUCCCGCAAGAUCACACUGUUUGAAUUUACAUCAUCAUGAUCCAAUUUCAAUCGAGUUCAUAUGGCUUGCCUUUGCCCAAGUGCAUAAUGCUUGUGUUUGCGCUUUAAUUCUACCUUUUCCGUAACUCACUUUAUUCUUUGCUUAAUUUUAUGUAUUCCACGCUUUACAUUUCACAUGAUGAUUCUUCGUUCUGUGUUUGUUUGUCGUUCAUCUGGUAAUUGCUUGUUCCAUUUGUUUAUCCAACAAAUACAUUCUGAGCCGUCCAAACAUUAAAAACCACCUUUUCAACCGCACAGACUUGACCUAUUUUUGUCUCGUACCGGUACUACCGGUGGUCACGAGCAGCACGAAUUCUCGUGAUUAUGCGUAUCAAGCGACAACUCGACUUCACCGGUUUGACUUUAUUGGCCAAACUGGCAAUGGUGAAUUGAGUACGAAAAAGGUGACCCCUCUUGAGCUGCUGUUCUACUUUCUCACUUCAAGCUCCAAACAUUUGCUGUGGAAGUGAUGGUUUGGCGUUCGCUCCGUUUAAAUAUCCGUCAACAUGCACAAGCUCUUACAAGCGCCUCUCUCGUUCGCUUUCCUUCGUAAUAGUUUGUCUUGGUGGCCCUGAUGGCGGCCAAUGUCGAGCGGGCAUUGAAAUGGAAGCCAUGACCGAAGUGAAAGCGCACCCGGCACCCGGCCGGCCGGCAUCGACAUGGCGCCGCCGAAGCACGCAUUAUGUCAGCCCGCCAUCACCUGCGCACCGCACCAACUGCACUCGGGUCUUGGCUCGCGGUGCAGGAAAUAAGGAUUCGAUUCACCCGAUUGAAGGGGGUUUGGUGGCACUCGCAUGCCCAUUUGUUGACUCACAAAACGGAUGCUAUUACCAAUAUACUAGCACGCACGUGCUAAGAGACAUCUGAGUCGAAAUCGAUUAUCGAUCGGUUUGCUACGAUGAUCACAUAAAAUGUCUCUUGUGCUUUGAUCUCCCAAACAUUGUCAUUUACAUGCACACUGGUGUAUACAGAAUGGGGAAAGCUCUUUCACCCAGGAACCGGCUACGGGCGACGGUUAACUAACGAGAUCUCGUUACACGCGGCAUAACGAACGAGUAGUACGCGUAGGUCGGCGUGCACUGUGCCGUAUGUCCCACAUUCGGCCUGAACGGUGUCCCACAUUUUCGGCAGCGGCUGCUGCUGUUGUUGUACCGACCAUCGGGGUCGAUCGUUCUUCCGCCCAACGAUCACACAGGGCCACGCGACGUGGGCACAGGUGUUGCGUGUAGCGUCUACCCCAGAGGGGUUGUGUCAAGGUGCGUGAGCGCACACCUCGGCCAUAAAUAGUGCCAUUUCUAUUUUCAGCUGCUUCAUUCAUGGCGCUCUGCGAAACGUUGUGUGAAGCUUCUUCGUUUUCCGUUUAUGUGAUGGCGAUUGUGAAGCGCCAUGCCCCAAACUAACCACCCAAUCGUUUGACGGUUUGUUUUUGCUUUAUCUAAUGCGAGUGCUUGGUCCGGUCCGUGUUUACUACCUUCUUUUUAUGUUGUUCUGACGCUGUGACGCUGACGCUGCGUGUUCCCAGCCAAGUGUCUGUUGACCUACUUUUCCCGAAAUUGUCAAUCAUCUCGCAGAAAGCGAGUGCCUCUCUCCUUCUUCUACGCCACACGCUCCCCUUAUGUGCGGGCUUAUUCUGGGCCGAGCGUUUCGCGGUACGAUCGUGGGGAUCGCGACGAUGACUUCGUUCGUUCUUUACGUUUCGCGUUUCAUGACCAGAGCUGGUAGCAGUGGGCAGUCGUUUUCUUCCUGCAUUGGAUACAGAUGCACGCACGCCCCAUAGCACUUGCUACUCCGUCGAGAGCGUGGGGGUCAAUUGUAGUCGCACCGAAAUGCUAAUAGGCACCGACAUUCUGGGAGCCACUGUGAUGGAAGGAUCGGUUACGAUGGUGGGCGAGCAAGAAGCCACACGGCCAUGGCCAUGGGUGUUCGAG